CGCAUUUCGUCUUCAACCUCUCACUCCAUCUUUCCCAUCCAGAAAAACUAGGGUUUUGAGAACCAGCCGCCGCCGCCAUGGGGAGAAGGCCCGCCAGAUGCUACCGCCAGAUCAAGAACAAGCCCUACCCAAAAUCCCGCUUCUGCCGCGGUGUGCCCGAUCCGAAGAUCCGAAUCUAUGACGUCGGCAUGAAGAAGAAGGGCGUCGACGAGUUUCCCUUCUGCAUCCACCUCGUCUCCUGGGAGAAGGAAAACGUUUCCAGCGAGGCUCUCGAGGCGGCGCGAAUUGCAUGCAACAAGUACAUGACCAAGUUCGCUGGCAAGGAUACCUUCCACCUGAGAGUUAGGGUUCACCCCUUCCAUGUCCUCCGAAUCAACAAGAUGCUUUCGUGCGCCGGAGCCGAUAGGCUUCAGACUGGUAUGCGCGGAGCUUUCGGGAAGCCUCUCGGUACUUGCGCUAGGGUUGCUAUUGGGCAGGUGCUGCUCUCUGUGCGUUGCAAGGAAAGCAACAAGAGCCACGCCGCCGAGGCCCUCCGCCGUGCCAAGUUCAAGUUUCCCGGCCGCCAAAAGAUCAUUGAGAGCAGGAAAUGGGGAUUCACCAAGUUCAACAGAACUGACUAUGUGAGGUUGAAGUCUGAGGGUCGUAUCAUACCCGAUGGUGUCAAUGCCAAGCUUUUGGGAUGCCAUGGAUCUUUGGCAUUGCGUCGCCCUGGUGGAGCAUUCAUUGAUGCUGCUGUGAACUGAUUUCGCGUAAUCCAACUUCCUCUAGGAAUUGUAUUCGUGUAAUCCAAACUUCGUUUCUGUUCUGAUUUCUGUUUACUAGAUUACGUGUCUUGAACUAGUUUUUGGAGAUGUUAUCCUUAAGCAUUUGUUUAAGUUAUAAUUUUGGGCAAACUUCUAUCGGAGUUGAAUUUCAUAUUUUGAGUAAUGCCAUUUGGUUAGAUUCAAUGUUA